AGAAUGCUCAUCAUUGUGGGCUUGAUGGAAGAAAGUUGAUUUGAACUCGCUGCAACGAAUAAUAUUCGUACACGACACGGAGAAGCUCGAGCUAGGCCCUCUCCCCCAGCUAGUAGAAGACGAACCGCAAGAUAUCGAAGCGGAGUUGCUCGAGGGACAGGUGCAACGUUUAGAAGAGUUAGAGUCACAGCAGGAGUGGCAGGAGGACGGCAGCACAUUGGAUCCCAUGAAGAAGCGGAUGCAGGCAGCUCGUGAGGAGAUCGACACGCUAAUGAUGGUACUACCGACGCAAUGGGAGAAGGAGCCAGGACUGUCGACAGCAGUAUUUAGGAAAAGCCGCGGGGAUAGAUGGGCAUGUUGAUUCGCUCUUUUAUUUUAGUGUAGACAAUUCGUCAAAUGCGACAUGUCUUGUCUUUUCUUAUUUUGCGCCGUGCAUCAUCACAUCAUGCAGUGCAUCCACGAAUAAAUGAACCAAUUACACGAAAGGAUUUACUUGGUUCCCUAGCUUUAGUAGGGACCAACUUUCGAAUGUGCUCAAAAUGGAAGGAGGUCAAUUGCUUCAUCAUGAUAGCAGGAUUUGACGAAUUUGGGGGACUGAGAUAUAGGGGGCUCAGCUACAUUCCUACCCUAGGUACCAAGGGUAUAGGCAUUAUUAUUAUGAAAACCCCUUGUGUAAGAGACCCUAUGUCUUAAAAAAG